CGUCUAUGAAAAUUACAAGUACUAGUACAUCCACGCACGCAGGGCGGUCUUGCGACACCACCGAUUGUUCGGCUUGCACUGACACCACCGGAGGCUGAGAGCCCGCCAACGGCGAAGGAGAGUUGCACCGGCGCGUCGCUGAUGCUGGGAGAGGCCGCCUCACCGUGGAGCCUGGCCGGCGCGGGCGCGGCCGUGGCGCUGCUGUGGCUGUGCGCCUGGACGCUGCAGUGGGCGUGGUGGACGCCGCGGCGGCUGGAGCGGGCCCUGCGGGCGCAGGGCCUCCGGGGCACCAGGUACCGCCUCUUCAUCGGCGACGUGGCCGAGAACGGCCGGCUCAACAGAGAGGCCGCGUCAAGGCCGCUGCCGCUCGGCUCGCACGACGUCGUCCCGCGCGUCAUGCCCUUCUUCUGCAACGUCCUGAAAGAGCACGGGAAACUGUCGUUCGUUUGGACUGGCCCAAAGCCAUUCGUGAUUAUCAGAGACCCUGACUUAGCGAGGGAGAUUUUGUCCAACAAGUCUGGCAAUUUCGCCAAGCAAACGACCGCGGGUAUUGCUAAGUUCGUAGUUGGCGGAGUUGUAACGUAUGAAGGUGAGAAAUGGGCAAAACAUCGGAGAAUUCUCAACCCUGCCUUCCACCAGGAGAAAAUAAAGCGGAUGCUGCCAGUGUUUUUAGCAUGUUGCACCAAAAUGAUCACUAGAUGGGUGAAUUCAAUGUCUUCAGAAGGAAUAUCUGAGUUAGACGUUUGGGAUGAAUUUCAAAAUCUUACUGGAGAUGUCAUCUCAAGAACGGCAUUUGGGAGCAGCUACCAGGAGGGGUGGAGAAUUUUUCAGUUACAAGAAGAGCAAGCUAAACGCGUACUUAAAGCUUUUCAGAGAAUCUUUAUCCCAGGCUACUGGUACUUACCAAUCGAAAACAACAGAAGGAUCAGGGAAAUUGAUCAAGAAAUCCGCACAAUUCUGCGAGGAAUAAUAGUAAAAAGAGACAAGGCAGUUAGAAAUGGUGAAGGUAGCAAUGAUGAUUUGUUGGGAUUAUUGGUGGAAUCGAAUAUGAGGCAAUCAAAUGAAAAAGAAGAUGUGGGAAUGAGUAUAGAAGAUAUGAUUGAGGAAUGCAAGUUAUUUUACGCUGCUGGUUCGGAGACAACAUCAAUGUUGCUCACUUGGACUUUAAUUCUGCUAAGCAUGCACCCUGAAUGGCAAGAGCAGGCAAGAGAGGAAGUGAUGCACCAUUUUGGAAGAACCACACCAGAUCAUGAUGGCUUGAGUCGUCUAAAGAUUGUAACGAUGAUUCUCCACGAGGUUCUUAGGUUGUACCCACCGGUGGUAUUCCUCCAAAGAACAACACACAAGGAAAUAGAGCUUGGUGGCAUCAAAUACCCUGAAGGAGUGAACUUCACAUUGCCUGUUCUAUCCAUUCACCACGAUCCUAGCAUCUGGGGACAAGAUGCAAUCAAAUUCAACCCGGAAAGGUUCGCCAACGGAGUCUCCAAGGCAACGAAGUUUCAGACCGCGUUCUUUUCGUUUGCAUGGGGUCCUCGGAUCUGCCUUGGCCAGAGCUUUGCAAUUCUGGAAGCCAAGAUGGCGCUCGCCACCAUCCUCCAGAGCUUCUCCUUCGAGCUCUCGCCGUCAUACACCCACGCACCACACACCGUGCUAACUCUCCAACCACAGUACGGUUCUCCAAUUAAAUUGAAGAAGCUCUAGUGAUCUCGGUCGAGGAGAACAUAAAGCUACCCCGUACAUGCUGAAAUCUAAAUCUAUAUGAAUAAAUUUCAUAAAACUACAUGUAUUUUAAUCAAAUUAUCACAAACUAUAGAUUUAACACAAUAUUUAUUAGAGAACUACAAAUUUAGGGCCAAGUACAAAACUAUAGAUUUAAUACUAGAGUUAUCACAAAACUACAGGUUUUAUAGUUUAAAUCUCUGCCACUAAUGUUACGUUAGAGUUAUAAAUGUUGCAAGUUUUGUACUUAACAUGGUGCCAACAAUGUAGUUUUGUGAUAAUUUUAUUACUAAAUAUGUACUCCCUCCAUCCUAAAAUAAGCGCACCCAUGAGUUUUUUGUGUCUAACUUUGAUCGCCCGUAUUUUUUUUAUGAUCAGUACUUUUAUUGUUAUUAUAUUAUAAAACAUGAAUGGUACUUGUCGACUUUUUUGAGGUCU